GUUGGUAUGGGUUCUAAUUUGUCAUCGUGUGUUUGUGAUGAUGGUGAUGGUGGUCCCUUGAAGCCAAGACUUGGGGACAUACCAGAGAGUUGUGUGGCAUUGGUGUUAAUGUAUUUGGACCCUCUUGAUAUAUGCAAGCUUGCACGGUUGAAUAGAGCGUUUCGUGGUGCUUCGUUGGCAGAUUUCAUAUGGGAAUCUAAGUUGCCUUUGAAUUAUAGGUUCAUCAUGGAGAAGGCUUUGGAAGAUGAUGAUGAUGAUGCUUUUUCAAUGGAGGAUUUGGGGAAGAGGGAUGUGUAUGCAAGACUCUGCAAGCCUAGUUUGUUUGACAAUGGAACAAAGGAAAUUUGGCUAGAUAAGAAAACCGGUGGAGUUUGUUUGGCAAUUUCUUCCAAAGCAUUGAGGAUUACAGGAAUAGAUGAUCGGAGAUAUUGGAGUCACAUUUCUACAGAGGAGUCAAGAUUCCAUACAAUUGCAUAUCUUCAUCAAAUUUGGUGGCUUGAAGUGGAAGGAGAUAUUGAAUUCCGAUUUCCACCCGGGUCAUACAAUGUGUUCUUCAGGCUUAUGCUCGGCAAGUCAUCCAAGAGGCUCGGCCGUCGAGUUUGUAACUCCGAGCACAUCCAUGGUUGGGACAUCAAACCUGUAAAAUUCCAGCUAACAACUUCCGGUGGCCACGUGGUGUCGCAAAGCCAUUUGGAUAAUCAAGGUCAUUGGAUCCUCUACCAUGCCGGAACCUUUGUUUCUAAGGAUUCCAAUGACUUGAUGAAGAUCAAAUUUUCAUUGACUCAGAUUGAUUGCACUCACACAAAAGGUGGGUUGUGUGUAGAUUCUGUGUUUAUAUGCAAUAGUGGAGUAGGAAAGGGUGUAGAUUGUUUUUGUAGAUAGGGAAUUAAGGCUUUGUUUGGUAAUCAUCUUAUGAGACUGUUCUUGAAUUGUUAUGUUAAGAUACUUAGCAAACACAACCUAUGUGUAUAUAAAUGAGGAAUGGGUUGAGGCAUUUGAGUUUAGUAGUUUUAUGAGUUUUGAGUUGUAGCAUACUAAGGGAAGUUAAAGUAGAUUUUGAUGCUUCCAAACAUGGCUUCAAAGUUCAAGAGUUAGUUUUCCUUUAGGUUUUUGGUUUUGUUUGUAGGACAAUGUUGCACAUACAUUUUUGUACGUUUUUCCUUCCCUCUUUAGCCAUAAUAUAUGUGUGGGUUUUGUGUAUAUUUUUCUUGGUUAAUAUUGUGAUUUGAUUG